AUGUCCAAAACCAUGAUUCAUCCGCGAGUCGGAAUUGCGGUCUUUGCUAUGAAUGCCGAGGGCAAAUUCGUCUUUGGCAAGAGAAAAGGCAGCCAUGGAGCAGGCCGUUGGGCUCUCCCAGGAGGUCAUCUCGAGAUGAACGAGGAUUUUGCCGAAUGUGCGGCGCGAGAGAUGCUUGAAGAGACAGGUCUGGAGCUUACCAACUUGAAGCUUUUGACUGCGACAAACGAUGUCAUGCUGGAUGAGAGCAGACAUUAUGUCACUAUUUUCAUGAGGGGUGAUCUUAAAGAUCAGUCUGCUCAGCCGCAGAUUAUGGAGCCCGAGAAGUGUGAUGCAUGGGUAUGGAUGUCUUGGGACGAAAUGCGAACCAUUAGGGAUGCACAGUUGGAGUCUGGCGAGGAUUCUCAAGGGCGGAAGCUAUUUUCGCCGAUGAUGGCUUUGUUCAAGCAAUGUCCGGAUGUCAGUGUUUAG